AUGGCACACCGGUCUCAGAGUUCAUCAGCUGGUGAUAACCCCCUCGACCCAAACUAUUUGCCACCACACUACCGGGAGGAAUACCGUAUCGCUAUUGACGCACUGAUAGAAAAUGAUUUACCGGGAUACUAUGAGUUUCUCCAGACCGCAGAUGUGGUCAAUUUCCUUGCACAGCAGGAACUUGAAUAUAUCAAGUCCACAAUCCAAGCACCCCACCAGAACUCCAACUUCCCAGAGCUGACAUACCACGAAGGAGGUAAUGACGUUGAGGGUUCCUCUGACACCUACUGGCCGAUGCAGUCUGACGUGGCUGCACCGGGUCUGGACCUGGGGUGGCCAAUGACACAGCACAGCUUAAUUGGGCCCACAGAGGUCACUACUCUGGUCAACCCCUCAGACCCAGACAUGCCAAGCAUCAAGGAACAGGCGAGGAGACUCAUCAAGAAUGCACGCCAAGUUAUCGCUGUGGUGAUGGACAUGUUCACAGAUGUUGACAUUUUUGGUGAACUCUUGGACGCAGCAGCACGCCACGUUCCUGUUUACAUUCUUCUGGAUGAACAGGAAGCCCAUCAUUUUGUCUCUAUGGUUAUCAAUUGCAAAGUCAACUUGGACUUAAUUCAUAUGAUGCGUGUCAGAACCGUAGCAGGAAUAACCUAUUAUUCCCGGACGGGGAAAUCAUUUAAGGGACAGGUGAAAGAUCGGUUUCUACUGACUGACUGCAGGGCCGUACUCAGUGGGAACUACAGUUUCAUGUGGUCCUAUGAGAAGAUUCACCGCUGCAUAGCCCACCUUUUCCUUGGAGAGCUAGUUGCAACCUUUGAUGAAGAGUUUCGCAUUCUCUAUGCUCAGUCAGAGCCUCUGCACAUUGACCCAUCUGAUGGAGCACUUGCAAUGUCAGACACCAGCAGCACCAGCAGUUAUUUCAGCAGCCAGUUUGGUUUGAAGAGGACCCAGUCUUUGCGGACCCCCGGAUCAUUUCGCAGACCUGAGAUUUCCCCUGGCUUGCCUUAUGGAGACUCUGAUCGCAACCUUGCAAUUCCAUUCCGGAGAAAUGACCCAUUUCGUCACACCAUUGAACCUGGGCCAGGAAUUAAAAUUGGGAAGUAUUCCCAGCAACAGUUUUAUCUGCAGCAGUCAUUCCUGGAUCAGGGAAGGUCCAUCGUGUCUAGGCAGAUGGAGAUGAGUAGUAGUGCGUACAAGAGGCACAGCUAUGCAGAGGGAACCCAAGAAAACUACUCAUCUUCAAGGCAAUACAUGAAGCAAAGAGUCAUGAAUAAUCUGGACGAGACAGAGGAACAGACCCAAAGUAGCCGUUACUACAAUGAAGGGCCUGGACCGGGAUCUGGCCAUGGACACUACGACAGAAUUCGAGGCCGUCCUCCACAUCUUUCCAUUGACCAGUAUUCAGACUCAAGCUUCCGCUCAGAUUCGGAGCCUCCACCUGCAAUUCAUGGAAGAGACUACUUUUCAUCUGAAGAUUUAGGUGGACAUGAGGGGCAGCAGGCACCUCCUUUAGCUGGAAGGUAUGGAGGAGGUUCCUCCCAUAGGAGGCCAACCAUAGGUCAGACGUAUGCCUGUCAAAGCUCACCCACACAGCCCCAUCCACCAGAGAGGAAACAGUUUCCAAGUAAAUCUGACCAGGAACAUGAUCAAGAUGACAGUAAUAAGCAAGGAAUGAGGAGUUGGAGAAUCCACUCUUAUCUUAGCACUUAUGAGGACAGUGGAGAAGAAGGCCUGACUCAACCAAUGGGGCCUGAUGCAUUUGAAGAUCCUCCACUGUCCCAGCAGCCUACUGCUUCUGAAAGUUCAGCUCGCCGCUUUGGAAUAAAGGAGCCACCAAAUGCUCCCUCCAAGCCCAGACCGGAUAUUCUGAAACCACGCUAUGGAAAGCCUGUCUUGCCUGAGAGCACCAGCAAAGACUCUGCCCCAACGACUGCCAAAGAUGUGAAAAAUGAUAGGGAGGUGGAGAAGGAAAGGGAAACAGAUCCAGAGAGAGAGAUGAAGGAGGCUACAGAUCUCCUCCUUUCCAAGCAUGAAUCAUUCCGCUCACGUAUUAACCCACUCCUUCAACGUAGCUCACGUCUGCGCUCCUCGCUUAUAUUCUCGUCUUCCAAGGCAGAGAUACACAGUGGUAGCCUGGGCCUAAAACCAGCCACAGAGCAAGAUGAGGAGUUAGACUCAGUACGCACUUCCUCAAUUGUGUCCAAGAUCUUAGAAAAGAGAAGGUCAUUUUCUCGGGAGCCGUUUGAUUGGAGAAAGAAGCUGGAAGAGAAAGAAAAGGAAAAAGAGAAGGAAGAAAAAGACAAGGAGAAUGAGCAUCAGCAAAAGGAAAAGGAGAUCAAAGAUGAGCCAAAAGGAGAAGAGAAACUUCAAAAGAAUAAAGAAGAGGUAAAGAAAACCGAAACUGUCGAGACCUCUGAAGUAACAUCAUCAUCUCUGAACAUGAAUGACCCAGCCAGUCGAUUACAGUAUUUCAAAGACCUGGCUGCCAAGCGAAAGGCCUCACGAAUGGAGUCAGAGUCAUUGCUAAAAGCCACAGAGCCUGCUGAAAAAAAGCCAGACCUUUCUGAUAAACCUUCUCCAAACACUACGACGACUCCAAAGAUCACAAAUGUCAGUUCAGCAGAACCUGAACCAAAGAAGCCAGACAUCUCAGAGAAACUAGCAGAGCUCAAUCGCAGACCUUCACUUAGUUCCUCAAAACCACCCAUAAUGCCUACCAAGCCUUCCACAACCCACCAGAAGUCUUCAGAGACAACUCAGGCUCAUAAAGAGGAGAAUACAGUGGAGGGUCAAAAGAAAGACAUAUUCAAGUCUUUGAAACCCCUUCAAUCACCUAAAAUUUUUAAAAGGGAGCCAGUGAAGCUUAAGGGACUAAAUCCUCGUCGUGUUUCCUGUGAUGAGGAGGUUCUGACCACAGAUGCUACAGAUGCAGAGAAGAGUGAAAUGAAAAAGAGCCGCUCCCAUAGUUCUUCAACCCUACGACAUGCAGAAUUCACAGAAGGACUACAAAAAAAUAUGGGAUCUAAUACAUCCCUCAACACACUUGGGGGUGAGGGAAAAGGUGACAAGACAAUUGAUUUCCUCAAGAAGCAGACUCUCAGACUAAAGGGAUUCCUGGGGCCCAAAGAUAAAGAGAAGAAAUCUGUAGGAGAUGAUAGGGGCAUGGGCACUGUCAAAGAGACAACUGAAGGUUCAAGCAAAAAGCAGAGUCUGUCAGCUAAAGAUACAGGAUCUACCACAACUGACCAAACCACAGCCAACCACAAGACAUCAACUGGUUUAUCAGGCCCAUCACGAUACCAGGGCCCUGGCAGCUCUGUCCUGUUCAGUAGUAAUCUACGAGAUGACACCAAAGUCAUUCUGGAGCAGAUCUCAGCCAACAGCCAGAAGAAUCGACUGGAGCGAGAAGAAACAGAAGGCAACAGAGAUAAUGAUGGCGGGGAGAAGGGGCUGGACAGAGAGAACUCCAUAAAUAACCGACUUCUGCGACCAACCGGCAACAUUCAGGAGAGAGAGGGAUUGCUGAAGAGAAUAGAGAGCAUGAGGAAGGAGAAGAAGGUCUACAGCCGUUUUGAGAUGGGAAAUAACCUGGGAUAACGAAAAUGGAGGAGCACCUUUUUAUAUGGACUAUUUAUACAAGAUGAUCAAAAAGACUCUUUUCCCAUAUGUGCCAACGACACUUUCAAAAUACCUCUGUGGCUCUAGACUACAGCCUUUCCUGGAUUUUCAGUCAACAUAAUAAAACUUGAAAAGACAAUACAUAAAAAUGCUGAAAACAAACUAAAGUCAGUGAGUCUGGAAUGUGCCUGUUUGCCAGACCCUGGCACAACUUUUACCUUAUAUGGCGAUUGAGAGAAAGAGUGACUCUACUUGAAUACAAGGUGCAUGGGCUAAUGUUUCAUCAAACAGAAAAAGGUAGAGAAAUGUACCUAUAACUAAGCUUGUGUGGACGUGACUGAGGUAGUGAGAAU